AUGUGGCCUUUUAGUCCCAGCAUUGACUUCGUGCCGGACAAGGACAUCGCAGAUCUGACGGGGAAAGUGAUACUUGUGACAGGAGGAAACACUGGGAUCGGGAAGGAGACGGUUUUACAGUUAGCGAAGCACAGACCAAGAAAGCUUUUCCUGGCGGCAAGGACCCAGUCGAAGGCCGAGGAGGCCAUCGCCGACAUCAGAUCCGCCAUCGCUCCGAAAACGGUCGAUAUCGAAUACCUGCCGCUUGACCUGUCGUCGCUUGCUUCCGUCAAAGCGGCGGCCGAGCGAGUCAAGGAGCGCGAUUCACGACUGGACCUCCUGAUUCUCAAUGCUGGCAUCAUGGCAGUGCCACCUGGCAAGACAAACGAGGACUUUGAGAUUCAGCUCGGCACAAACCACGUCGGCCACGCUCUGUUGACCAAGUUGCUUUUGCCGACGUUGGAGAAGACAGCCGCUGAGCAGAACCCCGAUGUGAGGAUCGUGGUCGUCGCUUCCAACGGGUACACCUUCGCCCCAAACAUCGACACCAUUCUCUCGACGGAGAAACUAUGUGAGACAGGUCCUUGGACGCGGUAUGGUGCUUCCAAGGCCGCAAACAUCCUUUUCGCCGCGGAAUUAGCUCUAAGAUAUCCUUCGCUGACUUCGGUCUCACUGCAUCCAGGCACGAUCCAAACAGAUUUGUACUUACCCAACAAGCGGAACAGCUUCGUGCUCCGCUGUUUUCUUUCGAUAUUCGGACCAUUGUUGUUUCAACCCCCACAGUUUGGUGCAUUAACCCAGCUGUAUCUCGCCAGCGGAGCCAAGAAGGACCAAUUGAAGAACGGUGGAUUCUAUACCCCAGUCGGUGUUCUCGACAAGAACAACAAAUGGGCGAACGAGAAAACAGGGGCUAAGGCGCUCUGGGAGUGGACCGAAGACCAGCUGAAGAGCAAAGGAUACUAG